AUGGCGAUCCUUAUGGCCAUAGAGCAAUGGCGCCCCUACCUGCAGAAUGAAGAGUUCAUAAUCCGGACAGAUCAGCGAAGUCUAGUCCAUCUCGAUGACCAACACCUCUCCACCCCGUGGCAGCAGAAGGCAUUCACUAAGCUUCUUGGUCUGCGCUACAAAAUUUGCUAUCGCCCAGGUGCUACGAACUCAGCUGCAGACGCGCUGUCGUGA